GAAAAUAUCUACUACCUGGCUACAGGCAUAUAGGUCUUCGGAGACCCCUUUCACGGUUGUCCUCGCGCCUAUCCCUCACAAUCAUCGCGAGGACGUUCAAAUUGUCCGAAGAUGGGACUCUUCCCAAAGACAGAAGAUCGGCCAACGCCGAAAGAAAUUUACAAUUUCAGGACAUAUCUGUUUGCAGCAAUUGUAUCCUCUGGUGCGGCUCUCAUAGGCUAUGACAGCGCAUUCAUUGGGGGUACUUUGGCGUUGGCAUCCUUUAAAGAUGAAUUUCAAUUCGAUCGCCUGUCUACCUCCGAGGUCGAUCUAAUUUCAGCAAACAUUGUGUCAUGUUAUCAGGCUGGAGCAUUCUUUGGUGCUCUAUUCGCAUACCCUGCUGGCCACUUAUUGGGCAGAAAAAUAGGAUUACUUAUCUUUACGCCCAUCUUUCUUGUGGGAGCAGCCAUCAUGCUGGGGGCCGCUGGGAGGCAUGGUCUUGGAAUUCUUUACGGAGGACGUGUGUUGGCAGGAGUCGGUAUUGGGGGCAUUUCGAACUUGACACCUAUCUAUAUUUCAGAGCUUUCACCCCCUGCAAUUCGUGGCCGAUUGGUCGGUUUCUAUGAGGUCGGUUGGCAGAUCGGAGGUCUUGUCGGGUUCUGGAUCAACUACGCUGUCAACAGAACUAUGGCCCCUUCCCAAAGCCAGUGGAUGAUUCCUUUUGGCGUCCAGUUGAUUCCCGGUGGCUUGUUGAUGGCCGGUAUGCUAAUCUGUGAUGAAAGUCCGAGAUGGCUUAUCUUCAACGGUCAAAGAGAGAAGGGCGUGAAUACACUGUCACGCUUGCGCAACCUACCUCUAGAUCAUGCCUACCUUCAUGAAGAGAUUGCUCAGAUCGACCAGGCUGUCGAUGACGUCGCGAACUCAAUCGGGCUGGGCUUCAUGGCACCUUUCCGAGGUAUUUUGAGGAAUAAGAAUAUCCAAUGGCGCUUAUUCCUAAGCGGAGCCCUCUUCUUCUGGCAGAAUGGCUCCGGCAUCAACGCUAUUAAUUAUUACAGCCCGACUGCGUUCAAGAGCAUUGGUGUUUCUGGAACGAACGCAAGCUUAUUUUCUACCGGUAUAUUCGGGGUUGUAAAGACAGUAGUCACAUUCAUCUGGAUUUUCUUCCUGAUUGACUACUUGGGCCGACGCAGUCUCCUUCUAUGUGGCGCGGUAGGAGGGUCGAUAUCCCUGUGGGUGGUGGGAGGAUAUCUCGCUGCUGUCAACCCAACAGGAUCAACAUCUACGAACAGCGGAAGCAGUGCAGGCGGAAAAGCUGCAAUUGCUUUCUUUUACAUCUACACUGUCUGUUAUGGAGUAUCGUGGAGCGGCACGCCCUGGGUCAUAACCAGCGAGAUGUCCGACCAGAAUAUUCGAACGUUCGCUCAGGCUUUUGCAGCCGCGAACAACUGGUUCUGGAACUUCAUCGUCGCGCGAUUUACACCUCAAAUGUUCUCGAGUAUGAAAUAUGGAGUCUGGUUUUUCUUUGCGGGGCUGCAGCUGUUGUCUGUCCCUUUCGUUUACUUCUUACUUCCUGAAACGAAAGGUGUGCCGCUUGAGCAGAUCGAUAUGCUAUUUUCGAAGGAGCUUAAACCAUGGAAGGCUCAUGAAACUGUUAUGGAUGAAAUACGCGGUUCGGAGAUGCAAUAUAGGGCCGCGUUCCAGGGAGAAGAGAACAAUAAGCCUGGAGCCGUUCAUAUGGAUUGUGUCUGAUCGCGAAGUCGACAAAGUUACGUUCAAAUGGGAUUGUUAGUGCUCUUACUUAGUUUCUACUAUAGCGAUAUAGACACGGAAGGUUGGCUUGACACGGAAGAUGGGCUCGUAACUACUUACCAUUUCUCGCAAUAGGAAAGAGGAAAAUACUGCCUACGUAUCCGUGGAUUGAAUGACCGAAAAUAGUCUACCGGACCUACGUACUCGUAGAAUUUGUAGAUACUAGUGUGUAAGUUUUAUCUUGGAUCUAUGCAGUGAAUCUAU